ACAAAUAUUAUAUCAAUAACAAUUUAUCAAUAUUCUACCUAAUAGGGCGAUCCUCUAGAUUAUGUGUUUAUAUAUAUACAUAUAUUUAUGCUAUUAUACCUUUAUAACUUUCAAUUUCCUUAAAAACGUCGAUUUUGUGAAUGACAUCUGAAAUGUUUUCGACUUAAUAAGCAAAACAUUGAUAAGAAUGAAUUCGCUGACCUUAUCUUGUAAGGCAUAGUUCUGAUAAAAUAUUAAAAAAUACUACAAUGAAAAUCUAUUCCAUUGAAAAGUAUAUUGUAAUAUAUGUUUUGAUCAAUACAUCAUGAUUUAGAAUAAUAUUUUUGAUACUUAUUCAGAAUUUUUCAAAUUAAAACCUGCUUAAUCAUUCAUUGGAAAUAACUUGAAUUUUUAUAACAUAUAAAUAAUAGUUAUUAUGUCUAAUAAUAAUAGAAGUGUUAUAUUUUAUAAUGGUAAUCGCGAGAAGUCAAAUUGUGGUUACUGCAAAAAGGAUAAAUCAAGCUAUAGUAAUGGAAUGUGGGCUUCUAGUUUAACAGUUCAAGCCUAUCAAGAACUAGCAGACCGUGGGUGGCGCCGUAGUGGAAAAUAUUGUUAUAAGCCUACUAUGGAAAAAACUUGCUGUCCAUUGUAUACUAUAAGUUGUAAUGCGCUUAAAUUUGAACUUUCGAAAUCACAAAAAAAAAUUAUCAAGAGAGUAACUAAAUUUCUAAAAAGUGGGAAGCAAGGAAAACAUAGUGAAUACUUAAAUGAAACAAGAGAACCUCAAAUAAAAUUUGAUAUGUUAGGUAUUCAUAGACUAGAUGAGAAAAUGGAAGUUAUAAAAACUGACAGAGAUAAUAUUGAAUCAAUUACAUCAGCUAAUGAUUUAAUAAAUAAUCAAUCUGCUACAACUUCUCGCACCUUGUUAAAAUCAGAGAAUAACAAAUUAAGUUCAAUAAAUGAAUUAAAUAACUCUAAAAAUCUUAAAAUAUCUUCAGAAAACAAAAUUGUUAAACCAGGUGUAGGAGCUAAUCCCAAAUUGCCUAAAUGUAAAAAAAAAAAGUUAAUCCGUAUGGAGAAGAAACUUGCUAAAAAUCCUAAUGCUGAUAUUAAAAAAACAUUACUAUCUCGUGAGAAAAAUCUUGAAGAUUUAAUUUCUGAAAAUGAUGUUAUAAUUGAUAAUAGAGUACAUAAAUUGAAAGUGUCUUUGAUUAAGACCGGCACAUUGGAGUUUGCGCAAACUUUUUCAGCUGGGGCUUCCCUUUUUGCCAAAUAUCAAAUGGCUGUACAUAGUGACCAACCAAAUGAUUGUGAUACGGAACAAUAUAUAGAAUUUCUUGUUGAUUCGCCUUUACAGUUUGAGAAAGCAGAUAACCCUAAUCAUCCUGGUUAUGGAUCAUUUCAUCAGCAAUAUUGGCUUGAUGAUAAAUUAAUAGCUGUUGGUGUUUUAGAUAUUUUACCAAAAUGCAUUUCUUCUGUUUAUUUAUUUUACGAUCCAGAUUAUUCACAGUUAGUUUUAGGAACCUACAGUUCCUUAAGGGAGAUAAAUUUAGUAAGACAAUUACACCAUUUAUCACCUGAAUUAAAGUAUUACUAUAUGGGCUUUUAUAUUCAUUCAUGCCCAAAAAUGCGUUAUAAAUCUAAAAUAAGACCAUCUUACUUAUUGUGUCCAGUUCGAUAUACUUGGCAUAAAAUUGAUUCUUGUUUACCUAAACUUGAUCAAGCAAAAUAUGUUGUAUUUGAUGAAUCGAAAGAUGAAAACUCUACCAAUACAGAGGAUAGUAUUUUUAUUACAUGGUAUCAAAUGUUGAUAGAUGAUAAUCAGAACUAUCUCGACAGAUGUUUGGUUAGCAUAUCCUAUUCAACUAUAUUUAAUAGUUUUAAUCAGCAAUUUUCAAUAUUAGAGGAUGGUAUUAAAAAAAGUAAUAAUUUAAAAAUGGUCAAAAUUAUUCAGUUGGCAAAAGUUCUAAUACUAUAUUGUGGAAAAUUAAUGAAAUAUUCUGUUUUUAAGAGAAAAUAUGAUACUGACAUUGAAAAUAAUAUAAAAGAAUAUAUAAAAUUGGUUGGAUCAAAUCUUGCAAGGUUGUUGAUAUAUUGCGUUAUAGAUUAA